AUGAGUGGUCCUAAAACACCUUGGGAUGUUAGCCUCACCUCAAAAUGUAUGUCACUGCAUGGGAUCACAGAGCAACACCAAAUAGGCGGCGUUGCCGCGAAUAAAACCGAGAAAUCUCGGCUUCCAAAACGGCUCUCGGUUGCAUUUUUGGCAGAGGUUCUGAAACCUUUCUCUGUGCGAGUUGAAGGACAUCUUCGUUGCACCAGCGAUCUAGUCUAG